AUUUUUUCUUUAUUUCUUUUUUCUCCUCAUAAGGGUGAAUUUGGUCCUCCAGGACAGAGAGGACCACCAGGAGACCCAGGAAAAUCAGUACCUGGUCAAAAAGGGGAAAAGGGAAUUCAAGGGCCACCGGGACCUGAUGGUCCAUAUGAAGUAGUUGAGCCUCCAGAUGACUAUUACCCCAAAGGAUACAAGGGCGAAAAGGGACAUAAAGGAAUUUGUGGACCUGAUGGCCCUGAUGGACAUAAAGGACCUCCUGGAGAAAAAGGAGAAAAAGGGAUCAUAGGAUUUUCUGGACCCAGAGGAGAGUUUGGGUACCCUGGGCAUAACGGGAUACAAGGACAAAAGGGGGAACAAGGUAGGCCUGGCUUCCCUGGUCUCAUCGGCAACCCAGGACCAAAGGGAUUUACUGGUGACAGUGGUCCCAAGGGCGAACCAAGUUAUUUCUGUUAUAGUGAAGGCAUUGUUGGCAAUAAAGGACUAUCUGGGUACCCUGGUGAAAAAGGAAGUAUGGGAGCGUUGGGUUUGCCUGGUAUGCCUGGUCCCCCUGGAAUACCUGUACCAGGUCCCAUUGGUGAGCCAGGAAUUAUGGGUUUUCCAGGAUCCAAAGGACAAAAAGGAGAGCCUGGGAAUUGUGUGACCUCCUUACUUCAUGGGCAACCUGGACAACAAGGGCUUCCGGGUUUAAAAGGAGUUCAAGGGGCUCCUGGCUCUCCUGGAUACUACUGCAUUCCUGGGCAGACUGGAGAUAAUGGAAGCUGUGGAGAUAGAGGUCCAUCUGGUCCAAAAGGCACCAUUGGAAGAAAAGGGCAAAAUGGUGAAUGUGCUUGUGAGCUACCACCAGAUGUUAUUGGCCCAAAGGGUCAGCCAGGUGAUCCCGGGUAUGCUGGUGAACCAGGGCGUCAAGGGUUUCCUGGUCCACAGGGUGAAAAUGGUUUAUUUGGAAAUCCUGGCCUGGGAGGAAAAUGUGGUAUUCAAGGGGCUUCAGGAUUCAGAGGGAGGAAAGGAGAAAAAGGAGACACGUAUUCUGUCAAGGGUAACAAGGGAGACAUUGGCCCAAAAGGAUUGGCUGGUCAGUCAGGAUGCUUUGGAAGAAAAGGGGAUACAGGGGAGCCAGGACCUGCAGGAGAUUGUGGUCCAGUGGGUGAGAGUUCUCCAGGAUGUUCUGGUGAGAUAGGAUACCCAGGAGAAACAGGUGCUAAAGGACAAAGAGGUCUUCCAGGACCACAAGGCCCUGGAUUUUCUGGGUCAGUUGGCCAACGAGGACAAGCAGGAGAUCCAGGACCUGAAGGACUUCAAGGAAUUCCUGGGCCUAAAGGGGUUAGAUGUGAUAUUUUGCCCUGCAGUUCUGUCAAUAAAGGAGCUCCAGGACCUAAGGGAGAGAUUGGGGAUAAAGGUUUUCUAGGGGAAGAUGGCAAGCCAGGACCCACUGGGUUUAAUGGACCCAUUGGACACAAGGGAGAGAAGGGCAUCCUGGGCAAUCCAGGCACUGAUGGCCCUACAGGGUUACCUGGUUUUUGUGGAGACCCAGGAGACAAUGGGCCUGAUGGAGAGACUUAUGAAGGAGUGCCUGGGAUAUGUGGCAAUACCGGACCUGGUGGGUUAAAGGGGCUUACUGGUGACUCAGUAGUAGGAGCUCCAGGGCCGAUGGGCCCUAAUGGCCUCAUCGGACAACCAGGAGCUAAAGGAGUCCCUGGACCCCCGGGACCACCUGGUAUUAAAGGUAUUACUGGUGCACCUGGUUCUAAAGGUAGGAAAGGAGAUCCAGGAGACUGUGGCCUGCCUGGUAAGGAGGGGUUUGCUGGACCACCUCAGACACAGUGUGAUGCUGGAUCAGUAGGCCCAAUUGGUAAACCAGGACCCCCAGGCAACAUAGGAAAUCCAGGUUACUUUGGAGAGAAAGGUUUAGCUGGGUGGCCUGGGCCUCCAGGUAGGGGACCCAAAGGUCUUACUGGAAAAUCUGGCAUACCUGGUGUUCAGGGAUACCCUGGUCAAAAAGGAGUGACUGGACCAAGAGGUGAUAGUGGAUCAUCUGCUUGUAAUGGAGUGAGGGGUAUGCCUGGACCACCUGGUAGGGAUGGUUCACCUGGUGGCACUGGUGAGAAAGGAUAUCAGGGUCCUCCUGGCUUAAAAGGAGAGAGGGGAUUUGAUGGCAUGCCAGGCUUUCCAGGGGAAUGUGGCCUGCCAGGAGCAAAAGGCAGAAUUGGAGAUGAUGGACUCCCAGGAGAAAUGUAUGUGAUACCCACUAAAGGACAUAGAGGGCUUCUGGGAAGGCCUGGAAACAGUGGGUUUCCUGGACAGAGAGGUGAUAAAGGUAUAAAAGGUCACCAAGGGUUGGAUGGCUAUUCAGGCACUUGUGGACCUCCAGGGUAUGAGAUCGGCCCUCAGGGACCACCAGGUACCUAUGGAAAGCCUGGUAAACCUGGAAUCCCUGGUUUACCAGGGCCAACAGGCUUUACUGGAUUUAUUGGACCAACUGGAGAUCCAGGUGAAACAGGGUUGACUGGACCACCAGGAUGUCCUGGUCCCAUUGGAUUGACUGGUCUAAAAGGCGAUAAAGGAGAUUCUUUAGGUGAACCAGGACUCCCUGGGCAGAAAGGAUUUCAUGGCGAUUUUGGCAGUUGUGCUUUUUCAGGAGAAACAGGAGAUCCAGGUGAUCAGGGUCAGCCAGGUAUAUUUGGACUACCGGGCAAACCUGGUCUUGUUGGUGACAGAGGUUUCCCUGGACCUCCAGGAGUAAUUGGGCCCCCAGGUGUCAGUGGAAGCUGUGGUAUUGAGGGCCCUCAGGGCCAUCCUGGACCUCCUGGACCUAAUGGGAAGCCAGGUUGCUCUGGACUACAAGGUCCUCCUGGACCACCUGGACUUAAUGGAUUGGAUGGUUUAAAUGGUGAGAAGGGUGAAAAGGGGGCACAAGGAAUCAGUUCACGAGGGGACACAGGGCCAGUGGGUCUAACAGGUGAUAGGGGUUUAAUAGGAGAUCCUGGGCCUCCAGGUCCUACCCAGAGAGGGAUUCAGGGCCCCAGAGGCCCACCUGGAUGUGCAGGGGGACCUGGUGAUGCUGGACCUUCUGGUUUUAGUGGUGAAGACUGUAGGAAUCCUAAAACAGGGCAGUGUGGAGAACCAGGGAUUAUGGGUCCUGAUGGCCCACCAGGACCAAGGGGGCUAGUUGGAGAUCCAGGCCUGACAAUUCCUGUGCAUGGGGAUAUGGGUGUCCCUGGAAUACCAGGCUACCCUGGAAAUAAAGGAAACAGAGGACAUACUGGUUCCCAGGGACCUCCAGGAAGUCCAGGCUGCCCAGGGCCGAAAGGUGAGAGGGGUGAGCCAGGCUUCCUUGGCGAUUCUGGACCAAGGGGACCACCAGGAACACCUGGCAAACCAGGACCCAGUGGUCUUAAGGGACCAUCAGGAGACCAAGGCCCCUGUGGAGAACCAGGAAAUGUUUUUUCUACUGGUCUUCAAAAAGCACCCCAGGGUCCACCUGGACCUCCUGGUGAUUAUGGGUCACUUGGCCACCAAGGACCUCCAGGAGUUAAUGGCAGAGAGGGUCCUAAGGGAAUGAAAGGCCAAGUGGGGGAUCCAGGAUUACAUGGCCCACCAGGAGCACCUGGAAUUGAUGGACCUCCUGGAAACCCAGGACUAAAGGGUGCCAUAGGACCAUGUGGCAUGCAGGGUCCCCCAGGGUGUCCAGGUGAUCCAGGUCCACAUGGCCCAAUCAUCAAGUAUAGUUUUGGUUUCCUUUUGGUUCUCCAUAGCCAGUCAACAGAUGUACCUUUGUGCCCUGCAGAUAUGCCCAAGCUAUGGGAAGGAUACAGCUUACUGUACCUGGAGGGACAAGAGAAAGCAUACAAUCAAGAUCUAGGUCAGGCAGGUUCAUGUGUGCGUGUCUUUAGCACUAUGCCUUUCUUUCACUGCAACUUGGGUUCCUGCAACUAUGCAAACCGUAUCGACAAAUCCUACUGGCUCUCCACCACUACAGCAUUACCCAUGAUCCCUUUGUCAGGGUUGGAGAUCCAGCCGCAUAUUAGCAGGUGUGUGGUGUGUGAGGCUCCAUCACCAGCCAUUGCCGUUCACAGCCAGGAUACGUUUACACCUUCUUGCCCACAGAACUGGAGGAGCCUCUGGACUGGAUAUUCAUUUCUAAUGCACACCGGGUCAGGAGAUGAAGGUGGUGGCCAGUCUUUGACCUCGUCAGGAAGCUGCCUGCAAGAUUUUAUUAGACAUCCAUUUGUGGAGUGCCAGGGCCCACAAGGCACAUGCCAUUACUUUGCCAACAUGUUCAGCUUUUGGCUUACACGUGUGGACGAACAGGAAGGUGUCUCAGAUUUUAUGACUCUUACAGCAAAGUCCAUGCAGCUAACCAAAGUUAGCCAAUGUAAUGUCUGCAUGAGGGAACUUUUCAGUUCUUAACAAUUUAUUUUACCUGGUGUCCUUCUCUGAUAAUGUG